CGGAUGAUCGGCGUACCCAUCAAUGCCGCAUAUCAGUGCCUACCAGUGCACAUCAAUACCACAUAUCAGAGCUGCCUUUCAGUGCCAACUAUCAGUGCCAGUCAGUCCCACCUAUCAGUGCUACCGAUCAGUGCCACCUAUCAGUGCCAGUCAGUGCUGCCUAUCAGUGCUAGUCAGUGCCACCUAUCAGUGCCCGUCAGUGCUGCCUAUCAGUGCCCAUCAGUGCCGCCUAUCAGUGCCCAUCAGUGCCUCCUAUCAGUGCCACAUAUGAGUGCUGCAUUUCAGUGCCCAUCAGUGAUGCCUGACAAU